AUGGUCUCAUUCACCUCUCUCAUCCUCGCUUGCACCGCGGCUCUCGGCGCACUCAGCGCGCCCCUUGACGUCCUUACCGAACAAGCAGACGUCAACAUCACCACAGCCCUCUCGAAGCGCCAAACAACCGCCAACUCCGAAGGCUACCACAACGGCUACUUCUACUCAUGGUGGUCCGACGGUGGCGGCUACGCACAAUACACCAUGGGCGAAGGCAGCAAGUAUUCCGUAACCUGGCGCAACACCGGGAACUUUGUUGGCGGGAAGGGAUGGAACCCAGGCACUGGCCGAACGAUCAACUACGGCGGUUCUUUCCAGCCAGCAGGCAACGGUUACCUCGCUGUCUACGGCUGGACGCGCAACCCGCUGGUCGAGUACUACAUCGUCGAGAAUUAUGGCACGUACAACCCCAGCAGCGGUGCACAGCGCAAAGGAAGCACUUAUACCGACGGCGGCAACUAUGACGUUUCGGUCUCCACUCGCACCAACCAGCCGUCAAUCGAUGGCACAAGGACCUUUCAACAGUAUUGGUCUGUCCGCCAGUCGAAACGCAGCAGUGGUAGCGUGAAUAUGCAGAAUCACUUCAAUGCUUGGGCCGGGUAUGGGAUGUCGUUGGGGACACACUAUUAUCAGAUUGUGGCGACCGAAGGGUACCAGAGUAGUGGGAGUUCGGAGAUUUAUGUGCAGACGAGCUAG